GGAAAUUGAAAAUAAAAGAAAAACAACAGGGAAAAAAAAAAAAAAAGGAAAGAAAGAAAGAAAAGCAGUGGUUAACUAAAAAAGGAGGGAAAUUUGGAUAACGGUUUCUUCUUUCUUUCUUUUGUGGGAGGAAGAAGAGAAAAGACGAUGAUGAAUAACUCUCUGAUUCAGUUGCAUUCAUUUUCACUCCCAAAAUUCCCCUCUUCUUCUUCUACCUCUGGAUUCAGCAGUAAUUACAACAUCAACAACAGAAGAAGACGUUGUCGUUUUACCCGCUUUGCUGUUUCUGCUUCUUCGGUUCCAUUGUUAGACCUUCCUCUUCUUCCCUUUCCUAAAGAACAGAUACUUGUCCCAUCUGAGUAUAAAAAACUCCAUUUGUAUGAAGCAAGAUAUCUAGCCCUACUGGAAGAGUCUUUGUAUAAGAACAACAGCUUGUUCGUGCAUUUUGUGUUGCAUCCCAUUGCUGUUAAUGAAACAUUUACAGAAGCAUCAUUUGCUGCGCGGUAUGCUUGCUUGGUGUCCAUUGAGAAAGUUGAGCGGUUGGAUGUCGGUGCUUUGGUGUUUAUAAGAGGCAUUGGUCGUGUCAAACUUGUAGAAUUUGGACAGGAACAACCCUUUUUACGUGGAUUGGUCAUGCCAUCAAAAGAUUAUGUACUUCUUGACAACUCAGAGUUGGAUUCUAAAGUCUCAGAAUUAAAAGAAGCUCUUCAUAAUCUGAACAGUCUCGAAAUAAAGUUGAAGGCUCCUGAAGAGGCCUCGUUGCAGACUCAAACUUCAAACGCUUUGAAAUGGGCUGAAAAGACGGUGGCUGUUGAUUGUGAUGAAGCUUUCAUUCCGUCUCUUGCUGAGCGCAUUUCUUAUUCCGCCCUUCAGCCUGUUUCAGGGUCAUUGCAGUCGGAACUGUCAACUUUGCAAAAGGAGAAAUUAAGGGCAAUGGAUAUCAAAGAUACCACAGAAAGAAUCGGGAAUUCCUUGAAAUAUGUUAAAAAUAAUAUUUCUAUAGUUGCUGCUAAACUGGCUCUUCAGUCGUUGAAGAUCCAGUGAGCGAGAAACAACACAUCUGCCUCAUGAGUCAUGACUUGAGAGAAAGUAGGGGAGUAGAGAUUGUCGCAUUUGGGCUUAUCAUGAUUAUAUGAUGUCAAAGUAGUACUUCAAUGGUGAGAAGUGACUUCGCCAUGGAGCAGAUCCCAGAACCUGCUCAGACGAAGCAACGCAGGUGGUUUUCCUUUCUACUAUUGCCACGUCUGAUAACCGGAUUUACUGACUGCAGUAAAAGCUGAUAUUCUUGCUUCUUAAUACACAAAGUUUAGAUGAAUUGGUUAGCAUCUCGGAAAUGAAAACUGUAGUUCUACUGUCCAAACAUGUAUAGCAACAUGCAAUAGUAACUGCAGAAGCAUUUGCAAGUAUUAAUGCUACAUUGGGCUUGCUGUUUUGUCAUUGAAACUGUUUAGCAUUCAGGCUUUGUUCAGUUCACAUUUUUCAGCAGGGUUUUGAUCUUCUGUAACCUGCAAAUCUGGCUGUGAAUGCAGAUGGAAUCUGAGAUUAAGAGAAUGAUAUUCAUCUAUAUAAUGUUUAUCCUAGCCAUUAUGAACACCCAAAUGUACUACAUGAGUUGAACAUCGUACAAUUUUGUACGAGAAAACUUUUCAGGCCUCUCUACUGCUUAAAGGUUGUUUCUGGCAUUCUUUCUUUAAGCAGUCCUUCUAGUCACCCCAAAUCUUUACAUUUGUAGAGGCGCAGAUUCCUUGUUGAAGAAACCAGAGAAACCUAGCUGUUCAAUCUGAAGCAAUGGCAUGCUUAUCUGGAUUAAAAGCAGCACAGGACCUCAACCUGCACAACUGUCAAUUGCAAAUGGAUAGUUCGCUCUUAGCAACCUCAAUCAACAACAGGAAUGUCUUCCCCCAUCACAUCCGUAAUAUAGGGGGUGAUCUAAUUAGUUUGUUAAACUCGAUUCCCUAUUGUACUGCCAAAAACGUAAGUAGAAUGUUAGUUGAAAACGCCCAUCGAAUGGUGAAGGCGACGCUGACGUUGGCCAACCUCAUGUAAUUGAGCUUCUUGUUUCAUUGCUACAUAAAAGUGCAGUUUCAAGGAGGAAGGGGGACGGGACACUGUUCAGCCUGUUACUUAAAACAAGCAAUGAACAGCAUAAAACCAGAUCACCCUAGCUAGCUAACUUCAGGGGGGAAAUCUUCACUCCUCAUAGUCUGUUACCUUCAUAAUUUUGUUCCAGUGCCGGUGCUUUCUCCAGAUGACAGCCAUGUCUUCAAUUGGGAUUCCUUUGGUUUCAGGCAAGUGAGACUGGCAUUAAUACUUUUCAAAGUCGUAUAAUUUGUGUAGUCUAUUGAUCAAAAGAUAAAAAUCAACAUUGAAUAAUGGAACUGUAUAUAUAUUACUACUUAAGUCAUAUCUUCACUGACACUACACUUGUUUUACACUCAUCGUAGUUUGGCA